UUAUGCUAUGACGUCACAUAGGAGCCCAAGACUUCCGGUUGGAUUAGUUUGGUUUUUAGGAUAGAUGGUGGCAGGUCUUUAUUCCUGGGAAUAAUGUUCACAUUAUCCGCUACUACAGAGUCUAUGAUCAGCUCUUUCUUGGGACCUUGUAAAGGCAACAAAGUGGUUAUAGAGGAUAGUAAUUUUCACAUUGUCAGGUGCCCUUAUCAUCUGUUGAAAGAAACAGUUACUCAGGAUCCUUUCAAUUUUGUUGUAGAAGAUACACUUGAAUCUCAUCAUCAAAACUAUAGUUGCUCAACGACUUCUUUGUUAGCAAUGUGGUAUUUCUGGAAAGCAGAAUUUUCACUACUUUUGCGAGAGGGUUAUCAACUGCCUGACAUUGUUACGCAUUCUCAAUCCAUCCUCGAAACAGUCUUGUCUCAUUUACACCAAAUAGAGUUGGAUUUGAAAACGUUAAUUUUUCCUAGUACUGACAAGUCUUUGAAAAUGUCGUACAGCCGUCAUUACUCUGCCACAAAAAUUGAGGAGGAGGAAGUCACCCAUGAUAACCUCAAAAAUUGCAUUCAUUCAGUUGUAGAAAAGCUUAGCCAUGAUGAUAAAGAAAAUUCCAGGCUUGUAUCUGAUCUCUGGAUGCAGCAACAGUCUUCAACGCAUGAAAUUAAAUUUUGUAGUGAGAAUAUGAUUUUGUGCCCUCUUACAUUACCUAGUUCCUAUUCAUCAAUUGUUGAAGGGUGUAUCAUAAAAUCGAAGUUACACUCUUGGUGUGACAAAGAACUUGAAAAGAACUACUUAUUGAUAAUAAAAGGAAGUCUCACUCAUGAUUAUGUGGACAUUGGAGGCAGUUCUCAUGUUAAUGUGACUCUUCGAAAAAAACCUGCUGAAGUUACAAUCACAAAAAGAAAUGCCUGGUUGCAAAAGUGCUUUAUUCUUUUGAAAAAGUUACAGAUAAAUGUUCUUUUAGUCCAUGGUACUGUUGAUGAUGAUAUUGUUUGCUAUUGUCUGGCCCAUUCUAUUUGUCUCUUCUCCCAUAUUCCCUGGGCAGUGUUGGAAAUCCUUUGCCUGACUAUGAAGACAUCACCUUGCACCUAUCUCUUGGAUUGUAAUGAAAAAAAUAUACUUUCCAGUCUUGAACUUAGACUGUGGAAGCCUACUCAAGACUUUACCUCAGCUGAUGACAAGUUUCUCCUAGUCCGUGUUGCUUCUGAAUCUGUCAAACUUUACACAGUUGUUCUUUGCCACCCUAAUCUCUCCUACUUAAGGUGCCUGGAACAUCAAUUUAUGCAUUUAGUGUCGAGGCUGAGCCUGGUCGUCAAGUCGAACAAGCUACUUCCAGGCUCUGGAAAAACAGAGGAGUGGUGUUGCAAUUUGGUGAGGAGAUUUUCUGUAGGAAAUGGCAUAAAUGCAAAGAUUGGAAUGGCUAUUGCCAAUGGUUUCAUCAGAUAUUAUGACUUCGUGUAUAGAAAGCUAGAAUUGAAGGAUGACUUCACAGGCGGAGCUUAUGAUGACGUGGUAUCAAAAGUUGAAGCUUGGAAGUCAGCAUUAUGCAUUGUUAUUAUGGAAUUACAAUGUGAUACUAUACUUAUAAAUGAUCCUGAUAACAUGACAUCAGGAAGUUCCAGACUAAUUGGUUAUUUGUAAAUAUCACAUUGAAUAUAAUAUUUUUUCUUGUGAUUUGGACUGCUGGCAACACUAUCAGAUAUUAUGACUUUGUGUACAAAAAGCUAGAAUUGAAGGAUGACUUCACAAACGGAGCUUAUGAUGACAUGGUAUCGAAAGUUGAAGCUUGGAAGUCAGCAUUAUUAUUAUGUAAUUGCAAUGUGAUACUAUACUUAUAUAUGAUCCAUAUAAUAUUGGCUCUUUUGGAUAUUUUUUAUGUGUUGAAAUGUAUUUUAUAACCUUAAUAUCGUAGCUGAACUUAUCGUUAAAUCUAAUGGAAGGUGAGCUAGCUGUUGAGGGGUCGAUAUGCGGAUUGUAUUACGAAUGAUUACGAACAAACGAUAACUAUUUAUUAACGAAAUGAUGAUUGACGCCAUUUGAAGACGUCCGACUAUAUCAGAACAAAAAAACAACUGGAGCUCUUCUUUUCGCCAAAUUAGAAGAUAAACGAAGUCAAAGCCGAGAGAGGCGCCAAGACUAGCUUUGUGUUGGUUUAAGACCUAAAUAAAAAAUAAUUACAGCUUACAAUAAAAAUAAUUCGUCGAAUCA